AUGCACACAUUCGAUGACCAUGUGAUCCGAAAUGGGUCCCAAUUGUCUCAACCUGAACUUUUCCAGAAAGUUCAGUUGCUGCGGGAUGAUAUAGUGUCCCAUUUCAAGCGGGCCGAUAUUCACUUUCAAGAAUCCCCAAACAACCAGUCUUCGGAACCAUCCCAAGCUGUCGUUGAGCAACUCCACGCGCAGGUCGCGUCCGAGGUGCCAAUGGGCAGAUUAAAAGAUCACACUUUGGAGUCUGACUUCUGGAAAUUGUUUUUGGGCUCGUCGGCUGGCAUGAUUCCCUCAACUAAUACCCAGGGCCUGAAUAACCAAUCAAAUGACUUUAUCCCCAUUCCUGUGGCACCAUAUAUUGCUGAAACACACGCCAUACAAUAUGCAACCACACGCUUCACCCAACGGCUUUAUCGUGCUUGCGCUGAAAGUGGCCAUCGGUUUCUAUCAAAUCCCUCAUAUAAAGACGAAGACAUGUGGGAGUUCGGAUUACUACUACAAAGAAUGCCACGAGCAGACAUUCGAGAUUAUUUCGCACGUGUCGUCAACCUGGAACCUUGCCAUCCUAUCAUCGAUGCUCGAUUCCCAUAUAUCAGCCUCGGCGGUGCAGGAACACACUAUUUACAACCUUCCGGUGACGACUUUUCAGAUAGCUUCGCUCUCUUCCGAGCAACAAAUGGUGUGACUCAUGUUCCUGCAGACGAAGACUGGUUUGAUGUGCAUGAUGUCGAAAGAUACCUGCUCAACCGAGGUAUCGGUGUAGGCGAGUUUCCUUCGUCCACCCUUACAAUAAAUUAUCCCUCUAGUCCAGCCCCUGGGCAUUCGAACUUGGAGGCACCUCAGGGGGAAUUGCCCAACGGUAUGAUGAUGGUUAUCGAUGAGUAUAAAUUGAUCAACAGACUGAGCCAGCUUCCAGUCUCUCUGGGCUGUGUAGCUGGCUUUCGCCGGUCUGAUGUCGAGAGGGUAAUAUCCUACAAUGUCAGGUGGAUGUCAGUUGGAGAUACUGGCUCUCCGGGAUAG